UCUUCAGCUCAGCACUCAUCUCAUCUCAUUUGACACUAGUAAGCUCACACAAUGGCAGGCACUAAAUUGGUAGCCUUAGGUUUCAUUGUCCUUUUGGGCAUGGGAUUAGCCAAUGCUGUAAGGGUGGCCAGGUAUUCCAGUGCAGGAGGCACUGGUACGGGAGAGGGUGGCGGUGGUGGAUACGUGAAUGGCGCUGGCUCGGGAUUCGGUAGUGGUGCUGGGUCUGGUGAAAGCAGUUCUAGUGGUGUGCACGCAAGUGCAGGAGGUGGAGGCGGAGGUGGUGGUAGUAGCUACAAUGGUGGCUCUGGGUAUGGUGGCGGAUCUGGCUCAGGUUCAGGCUCUAGCCAGUAUACUCAAGGCUCAUCUUAUGGCUACGGUGGGUAUUCUAACGCCGGUGGUAAUGGAGGUGGUGGUGGCGGAGGACAAGCUGGAGGUUACUACGGAUCUAGCGGCCAAGGUGGUGGCAGCGGAACUGGCUCUGGCUCUAGCGAAGCUGGUACAUACUGGCACGGACCGAGUUAUGCAUAUGCUAAUGCCAAUGGCAACGGUGAUGGAAAAGGAACAGGUCAGAAUGGUGGCAGUGGCGGCGGUCAAGGUGGUGGAUCUGGCUACGGUAAUGCAAACCCUUAGAAGUUCCACAUUCGAGAAGAUGGAGCCCAACCUAUAUAUGGUUUUUGCAAAUGUUGUUGUAUUAGAAUUAGCUUUCUUUUAUCUGUAUCGUUAUGUGUGUGCUAGGUUGUAUCGAAUCAAUAAAGGGCUCCAUCAUGUCAAGUGAACAAAGAAGUAUGUAUGCUGGCAUGCACUCAUACUAUGUGACCGAUGGUUGAGACUAUGCUAUUAUCCAUGUGCUUAUUGA